AUCUUAUCCUCUUCCAAAUUAGAACCGUGAACCAUAGGAAAGCAAUAACAAGGUAAGAACUCCAUGAUUUAGCCACUUUUAGGUCUUGAUUUCUUCACAAAACUUCAAGCUAGUGACCUAAGGAACCUAACCUACCAACUUGCUCAUCCUUAGGAGCUGUAUAUGAAGAGUUAUCCCUCCAUAUGUUCAGCGACCAGCAGCUGCCCUCUUGGUGAAAUGAAGUGUUUUCAUGUCCUUUUGAUGAGAAAUUGAACAAUUAGCUUCCUAGAAGUGUUGUAAGGUUCAAGAACAAGUUUUAGAAGCAUUGGAUUAAAUCCGUGAAAUUCAAGUAAGCAUUGGAUUUGAGCUUUUUACAGGAGUAACAAAUAAUGGAGAUGAAGAAAGAGGUUACCGUAACAAGGUCUCAAAACAAAGCGAGGCUUGCCAUUUUGGAAAUAGCACACAUGAUGAGUGUCCCAAUGUCUCUCGUUGCCGUCAUCAAAAUGAAGGUUCCCGACACCAUAUGGCAAGACGGUUCUAACACUCCCCUCUCUGCCGCCCAGAUUAUCGACCGCAUUCGCCCUCACGGAGGCGCUGAUGCUGAGAACCUCCAGCGCAUCCUCCGCUUGCUCACCAGUUAUGACAUUUUUGCCGAGCACUUGAGCAGCACCGGCGAAAGAAAAUACUUCCUCACCAACGUCGGCAAAACUCUUGUUGCCGAUGACGAAGGUCUAUCCUACGCGCCUUACAUGCUCCAGCACCAUCAGGAUGCGUUGAUGCGAGCUUGGCCGUUGGUGGAGGAGGCAGUGGAGGAUCCAACGGUGGAGCCAUUCGCGAAGGUGAACGGAGAAUCAGCAUUACCAUAUUACAUGAAGCAGCCAGAUAUAGCGGAUUUGUAUCAUAAGGGCUUAUAUGGGAUGUCCGUACCCUUCAUGAGGGAUAUGUUGGAGCUCUACGAUGGCUUCCAAGGAGUGAAGACACUAGUUGACGUUGGUGGCAAUUCUGGCGUGUCUCUACGCAUGAUAAUGGAGAAACACCCAAAUAUACUUCAGGGCAUCAACUAUGAUCUUCCCGAUAUGGUGGCUCUUGCACCACAGUUUCCAGGUAUAACCCAUGUCGGUGGAGAUGCGUUUGAAUCUGUCCCUCCUGGGGAUGCUAUCUUCAUGAAGUGGGUAUUUUCAGGAUGGACAGAUGAAGAAUGCAAGCAGGUCUUGGAGAAUUGUUAUAAGGCACUUUCAGUUGACGGAAAAUUGAUUGUUUGCGAGCCGGUGGCGCCAGAGUUAACCGAUGAGAGUCAAAGAACACGAGCAUUGCUUGCGGGUGACAUAUUCGUAAUGACAAUUACUAAGGGGAAGCACAGGACUGAACAACAAUUUAAACACCUCGCCAUUUCUGCUGGUUUUUCUCAUUUCUGUGCCUUCUAUCUUGAUUCUUAUUUUGCUGUACUUGAGUUUCAUAAAUAAGUAGGCUUUAAUUUGAAGUAUGGUGAUAUGAACUGGGGAAAAAUAAUUAGGAACAGUACUGAGACACUAAUGGAGAUUGUUCCUUAUUAAUAAAUAUUCCUCAUAAGUUUAAAAUAUGGCUCCUUAUUACUUCUGCUUUUAUAUUGCAGUGUUGUAAUGAUAGUCGCAAUAGCAAUACGACCUCAACUUCCAUUUAAAUUAUUUAACAUUAAUUUUAUUUAAGUAAAGAAAAUUAAACAAAUUUGACGGUUUAGUUUUUUUUUUUUUAGUUAAUAUAUAUUUUCAUUAAUGAUUACAAAAAGUAUAAUAUUAUUUUUACUUUGUUUUCUAUUUUUAAGAAUUUGCGAAGAUAAUAUUGAAAAGAGAAAAAAACAAAAAUUGGUUUCACCAUUUCACUCGCCACAUGUUGAAAACACCAAACAGUGUGAAAGUAAGGUACCAUUUUUGUAAUUCUAAACAAUAAAAAUAUAUCAAUUGAAAAUAAAAGAAAAAAACAAGCCAAAAGCAACUUCAAUAUUUAUAAGUAUUUUAUACUUGCAAUUUAAUCCAACUAGGGAGGAGAGAUUAUGAUGAUCUGGGCAUCCCUCUUUGAUCAAGUGUAUGACAGUUUCUGAGUCUCCUUCCAACUAGACCUAUGGAAGUGUUAGCUAUAAAUUAUGAUUAUUUUAAUGGCUUUAUUUUUACAAUAUUUGAGUUGAAGGCUGAAUAUAAGUGCAUGGUAAUGGGCCAAAUGAGUACCAAUCAGCCCAAUAAGGUAAAAGAGAGAGAAAGAGAUAAUUUGAUAAUUUACUAUUCU